GCUAUGGCAGUACUGAUAGAUUAAUUGACAGCCUUACCAUCAUCGGCUUAUGCUGCGAGCUCAUAGCCCUUGCCAGGAAAAUAUGCUCCAUGAAUUAGCUGCUUGUUGAUCUAUCGCCCUCCCUCCAUCCUCAAAUCUCCACCCAUCCCCGAUAAGGCCAGAUAGUCGCUUGCCGCGCUCUGGAAGUCGGGCGAAACCACCCAACUCAUCCAUCUAGAGCUUCACAAACCCAAAAUGUCCCGUCAGAGCCGCAUCAUCACUUCACUGCUGGUGCUGGCAGGUACCAGCUCAAGCGCAUUGGCCAGCAAAAAGACAUUCAGUGUUCACGAUGAUCUCUUAGCCUUUCCCCAGUACCAAGUUCUCUUCCCCGAUGAAUAUAUUCUAGAGCCUCAGGCUCGAGAACUUCUCCAGAGCCACAGUAGUCCUUCCACGUUCGAGAAAUCUCAAGAUGGAAUCUCGGACCGCAAACGCCCGCAAGUCUACCUCGGAUUGCACAGCCAUGACUCCGAACAACAAGGUGAAACCUCCUCCGGCCUUGAUGCUGGAGACUAUACCUUGGAAGAAAUGAUACUUGGAGACCAGCGAUAUCUUUGCCAAAUCCCUCAAGUGCAGGUUGAUGAGCGGGCCAACGGGGUCGGGAAUGGGACCGCCGAAGCCGACGAGCAAAAGGAGCUGGCACGAGCUACAGACCGCGGCCUGGAGCUCCUUCGUGAGAUGGAAGGGAAGUGCAUGUAUUACAUGUCAGGGUGGUGGUCUUACUCGUUCUGCUACAAGGAAAAAGUCAAGCAGUUCCACGCUCUACCUUCGGGCAGCGGAGUGCCCAAUUACCCACCCAUGGAAGAUCCCACGACGCAGUCUUUUGUCUUGGGCCGAUUCCCGCUGAAUGGAGGGGACGGAGUUGAGGAGGAUGAUGAUGAUGAUGUUUCUCGUCAGGGCGAAUCGGGGCACAAGAAGGCGACCGCUAGUACUACGGAUCUGGCGGAACUCCAGACUAAAGGCGGGUCCCGCUAUCUCGUGCAGCGCCUCGACGGCGGCACGCGAUGUGAUCUGACGGGACGACGUCGGAAGAUCGAGGUCCAGUUCCACUGUCAUCCUCAGUCAACGGACCGGAUCGGUUGGAUCAAGGAAACGGCGACCUGCUCGUAUUUAAUGAUUAUCUACACGCCUCGCCUGUGUAACGACGUUGCAUUUCUCCCACCUCAACGGGAUGAUAUCCACGGGAUUGAGUGCCGGCAGAUUCUCACACCGGACCAGGUUUCUGAGUGGAAAACUCUACGGGAGGCUCUCAUCGCACAGGAAAACGCCGAGGAUGCUGGCUUGACGCCGGGACCCUAUCCGGUUGUAGGUGACAUUGAGGUGGGAGCGCAAAAACUGGUCGGGUCGGACGGCAAGAAGAUUGAGAAAGGGCGCGUUGCAUCGGCUGGCGAAGAAAAGGUGGAUGUCGUGGCCAAGCGCGAGAAUGGACAGGUGUAUCAGAGAACCGCAGAAGAGCUCGCGAAGUACGACAUUGACCCAGACAAAUUGGAGGAUCUCAAAAAGGGCGUGGACGAGAUGGCUGAGGGUAGGGACUGGAAGCUAGAAUUGAUCACAGUCAAUGGCGAGCGUCAAUUGAAUGUGAUCCUGGUAGAGCCUGAAGAGCAAGACGAGCCGCAGGUGGAAGAGGAUCAAGGGCCGACAGUGCGUCUGGUCUCUUUUGUUCCCAGCCAUGAACAGUAUAAGUUGGACAAGCCGGACAAUGAGGACGCAAGCUCAACCCCUGCCGCAUCGAAAGACAACGCCAAGGGACAGUCUGGAGAGUCCGAAAAGUCAGAGGAACGACUGCCAUCGGAGUCAGACGCGCCUGAAACAGGGAGUGAAGAGGUUUAUAAAGACGAGUUGUGAUUGUCCGAUUUUUUUUUUCAUUUUUUUCUAAAUUGUCGAGUUGAUCCCAGACCUGUCUGGUCUUUUGUUUUCUUGGCUUAUUUGUUGACCUCCCAGCAGCACCUACGUGCCGUUGCUGGGGUACAUUUCUACGCUCUAUAUCCAGAUUCUCUGCAUUGUUGAUAAUUAGCCUCGAAAAAGAAUAAUUCCAUCUGAG